CAACACCACGGCAAGGCUCACCGUGUGUACGAUGAAGAGGGUGAUGGCAUCGAUGCAACCUCCUGACGCAUGUUUCUCCCAGUCUUUGGGGGGGAUGAGCAAUAUGUGAAUAUCAAAUGUCCCGCCGUGCCAGCUGCAUUUCAAAUCUGCUCACAGUCACGAUAUGUGGCUUCCAGCGCGAGCCUCUUCAAUAUCGCCCUGUCUGGCGUCACGAGUUACCCUCGCACGGGCUAGAUAUCCAUGGCUUGAUUGUUGCACAGCAUGACAGAAUCAUCUCCAAGCUUCCUUCCGACCUUGCCCUCUUCAUGAAGAGAGGAUUGAAGUGGCCCAAACAUUCAACGAUGACGCCCUCGUACGACAAACCUCGAUCGUUGGGGGCUGGAAGAUGAGAGCCACGAACGAGAGUGGGAUCAUUUCAUCGGCAUUGCACGAAGUAAUGUCAGCCACUGGUAGGAGAAGCGAUAAUCGCUGUGCACUGUAGCUCGCCGAGCAACUGCAGCACUACGAAUGGUUCGCAGAGUCCCCUUUAUGCGUACCAGUCACAAAGACUGGAGAUGAUGGCUGCUAGUCAUUUUAAGGCUGCCAAAAAGACUGAGAACACAGAAAGGACUGAUCUGUCUCUUCCAUGUUAAGUACACCUCCACAGCCAGUAGCCGAAUGGUUGCUAUCAUAGGUCGUGCGCGUAUCAACGCAAACUGGCCUGGCUUCAACUCUUCACGUGUCCCUUCUUGCGCACACGCGAUACGACUGUCGAAAUAAUUGCUCACGCUUACAAUGUCUAACUUGUAGCAGAGAACUAGAAGGGAUCAGAGACCAGUUUUCAACACUUGCCAUUGAUCUUUAGAUGAGUUUCCCGGACAGACCGUUGAUGAAUAUAGAAGCCGCGAUCAAUCGACGAGAGAGAGACCGAUUUCUUCAAAGCCGUCCAAAUAAGCAGUCACAUCCUUGUCUGGAGUACACACUCGGUUUGGUUCACUGUAGAGUGGAAUGACGGGGAAGAGAGUCAUGGGAGCCUGAGUCGGCACUACAAAGCCACCAACCAGAGCUGCCCAAGUUCCGAGAGAUGAUGGAUCCAACGGUCUUGUUGAAUUCCCUCUAAAGGUUAUGAAUAAUGAAGUGUUUCACGUUCUAGCUACACAAGGAAUUCAAGGCAUACACCGGGCGGCUACCAGCUUCAAGAUCAAGAGGUCGAGUUUCAAGCUUGGCGCCGACAAUUUGUUACUGAAGGGAGUGGGACGGAAAGAAUCUGGAACCAGUUCGUUGCUAUGAAGAAACGGGACUCCGGGGCUGAACGGAAAUCUUUGAUCAAACAGCAUUUUGAGUCUGGAGGUAUAAGAAAGAAGAUCUCAGCCAUCUACUAAGUCCAGAUGACAAAGAUCAAAAAGGCCGAUGCUACGCCUGCUGUUGUCGCAGCGCCGUGACCUCCCGUGGUAUGAUUGGAAGCCGGAGGGAUUACAUGCGACACAGAGACAGCGUCUAAUCGAAUAUUUAAACAAUGUUGCUCAGGGUCUUAGAACAUCGAGGAGACAUGUGACUUGAUACCGGAGCCUCUCUUCGACCCUUGGACACAGAUCGCCAAACGGUGGAAGUCAGACUGUGAUAAAUAAACCUACCUUUUCGAGCUUAGAGACGAC